AUAACAUGCUGCAGCUACCAAUCGCGCUCGGCAACCCGACUUUUACUUCUUGGUAAGCCAAUUAGAAUUACAAACCAAAACGUUCCAAGAAGACGGCGCCGUUUAAACCGACCAUUUUAAGACACAAACUGAACUCCAUAACAAAUCCUUCAAUCGAGCGCUCUCUUAUGCCCCUUUUGCAGUUUUGCCCUGAAAACAAAACGGUCGGAAGAAAGUGAAACAAGAAAGGAAGAGAAAAAGUCAAAUGGACGGCAAUUCGGCUUCUUCAAAUUCCUCGCUUUCUGGGGCGUUUAAAGUUAACGAGAAGCGAAGUUGGGCAACGUCUCCGUCGGGUGCCCUUUAUCACUUUGGUACAAGUGGGAUCUCGGUUGCAGUUGCCACCGGCCUCACGCAUCCUCUAGAUGUUCUUAAAGUUAGGCUGCAAAUGCAGCUUGUUGGUCAGAGGGGUCCUUUGAUUGGAAUGGGACCAUUAUUUGUUCAAGUAUGGAACAAUGAAGGACCAAAGUCUCUAUAUCUAGGAUUGACACCUGCAUUGACAAGGUCUCUUCUAUAUGGAGGUCUCCGUUUAGGCUUGUAUGAACCAUCAAAAUCUGCCUGUGAUUGGGCCUUUGGUUGCAACAACAUCUUUACUAAGAUUGCAUCUGGAGCAUUUGCUGGUGCCAUUUCAACUGCCCUGACCAAUCCUGUUGAAGUUCUGAAGGUGCGGUUACAGAUGAACUCAGAUUUGAGACAAAGAGGGCCAAUUGCAGAAAUGCGCAGAAUUGUCUCCAAAGAGGGAAUAGGUGCCCUUUGGAAGGGUGUUGGCCCUGCUACAGCUAGAGCUGCUGCCUUGACUUCUUCACAGCUUGCAACAUAUGAUGAAUCCAAGCAGAUAUUGGUGAAAUGGACACCUCUUGAAGAAGGAUUUUACCUGCAUCUCAUCUCAAGUACAAUUGCUGGCUUGGUGAGCACCCUUAUUACAGCACCCAUGGACAUGGUUAAAACCCGUCUUAUGUUGCAACGAGAAAGUAUUGGGCACUAUAAAAAUGGAUUUCAUUGUGCAUAUCAGGUUCUGCGUACAGAAGGCCCCAGAGGACUUUAUAAAGGGGGCUUUGCCAUUUUUGCAAGAUUGGGUCCACAAACUACAAUUAUAUUUAUACUUUGUGAGAAGCUGCGCAAGCUUGUGGGUUUGAAUGCAAUCUAGUGGUGAGAUGGUUCAUUUGCAGUUACAAUAUUAGCUGUCUAUUGUGAUAUGGAAAUGCCACGCAGCUGCCCUUAUUGCCAUCAAGGCCCAAUUCGAAGGAAAUUAUUAUUUUAAAUAAAUUUGUAUUCAUUCUUUUGGUGAUUUAGAUCACCACUCAACUAUAGGCUACACUUCAUCAUUCAUAAGAUGGUCCAUUGCUUUGGAGUUGUUGUUGUAGCAUUAUUCAUUAUUUUUCCCAUCAUUUUUUGGGGGUUUGGCGCAUAAGACGAAGCCAAAUUUGGUGUUGUUGUCAACUAUUAUCUAACAUUUUUGUACUAUUUGUUU